AUGUCGGUAGGCUCUAUGUCUUCAGCCAUUGAAAAGCAAUCCGUUUUUGAUCUGGCCAUAAAAUGUGCAGAUAAACAAAUUCCUGCCAAUGAAUUCUUAAACCUUUUCAAUGAGUUUUACAAUGAAAAAUUCUUAUCAAAGGUUGAGAAUGUUGAUGAGGAUGCUCAAAAUGACUCAGCUAAUUUGGGAGAAAUAUCAGAAGCUCUUUCUUCAGAUUUCGUUAAUUUAUUAAAUUCGGGGAACUCAUUCUUAAUUGCUGAUUACAUUGCCCACCUUUUAUUCGUUAAUUAUAAUACAAAUUUGGUACAACGAUCCCUAUCAAAACUAGAUUUAAUAACGAAUACUGACAUGCUGAUACAUUUUUUCUCCAAAGCUUCUAUGUUUUUCUCAUCUCUUUCUGAUAAAUUGGUACAAGACCAACUUUGUAAAGAUUUACCAGACAUCAUCAUCCCUAGCAUCUUAAGCAUGAAUAUGAAAGAAAUACCAAAGGGAUUAUUAGUUUCCAUCACUAAACUUUUACAAGUGUUAUUGAGGUUCAUUACGACACCAGUGCCUAUAACGGCGCCAAAUUCAAGAGACAAUUCACGUCAAUUGAUGUCACGAUUAUCACAUACCAACAAAUUACUUUAUAAAAAACUAUCACAAACACUCGAGUCAAAAUUAGUAUUUAAAGAAUUAAGAGCACCAUCUUUCGUUAAAGAUAAUAUACAUGAUUUCGCAACAUCUCCAUCUUUAACGUCUCCACAAUUUAUAUCAAGUCCCCUAUCAAUGAUGAAAACUCCAAUGUCCACUUCGUCUGGAGCAAAAUAUAAAGAUAUGAGACUCUUGAGAUAUUAUAAAAACAUUUGGUUGAAUUAUAAGAUUCUCUAUUGGGAACCAAUAAACUCAGACUUCUUAUCCAAAUAUGCCACAAUUGCAUCGUCCUUAUUCAAAGAACCUAUACAACCUUUACCAUCAACUGAUCAUCUUUUAACUGAUCUUAUAGAAACAUCUUUCACCUGUUUUGCUCAAUUUGUCAGUAAUAAACAAUAUCAUCAAACAAAUGCUAACUUAAAUCUUUUAGAAAAACGAUGGACAAUAUUUAUCUCUAAACAAUUACCAUUAUUGAUGUUAGAACAUACCUCCAAGAAUCCUCAAAUAGCAAGUAAAGCUCUAGAAAAUAUAGAUGAUAAAGUAACUAAAGCAAUCAAAACAUAUUAUUCACAAAUAGAUGAUUUGAAAAGUACCAACGAGGAUUUGUUUGAUGAUUACCCAACAACAAGUUUAGAUAUUAGACAUGACUUCAUCAAAUCAUUAGUAAUGUUAAAUCUAUCACCUCCAAGUCUAAUUAAUGAUUAUUUAAGGGAAUCUGAAUUGAUAGACCCUAAAACAUUAACAACUACAGAUGAUUUACUUGUAACUAACCCUCAAGGUAUUCAAGAAAAUAUUCAUGAUAUACCAACUUUCUUAUUAAAUUCAAUAAAUGCAUUAGAAUUAGAAAUGAUUAACGGUAAUAAUAAUGAUAAUAAUAAUACUGACAACAUUUCAUCUAUUAAUAAUGGGAUAUACCAACUUUUCAUGAAUUUUGAUACCAUCGCCCCAACCAAACAAAGACAACUAUCAGAAGCAAUAUUAUCAUUAUUAAAUGAUUCUGUUGAUAAAGGUAAUUAUACAAUUAUUACAAAACUAUGUGCGUUGUUAUCAUUUAAUUUCAAUCACUCAUUAACUACGAUUUUAUCCUUUACAAACCCACAAUCCUUCUUAGAAUGUCUAAUGAACUUUGUUGAUAUUAGUUGGAAAGACCCUACCACGGUUAAAAGCGAAGAUAAUGAGGAUUCAGGAUACGCAUCCAACAAUAUAUCUUUAUCAUUUAGUUGGUCAUUGUUAUUAAUAAUAACUAUAUCGCAAACUUAUGAUGUCAAAUUGACUAAAGUUGCUCUUACUUCACCAUCCUUGUCAACGGUAAAUUCUUUCUCAAUAAAUUUCUUAUCUAAAUUAUCAACUUUACCAGACGCUUACAUAUUAGACGAUUCAAAAUCGCUCUCCCCAGAAUUAUUAACACAAUCUUAUAAACUAGUUCAACGUUGGAUGUAUGAUUUAUUUGUCAAUGGUUCCAUAUCAGAUAAUUUGUCACAGACAACAGAACCAAGACAAUUAGCAACCCUUCUACCCUUUAUAUUAAAACAAGUUCUACUUGCCAUUGAAUUGGGGGCCAUUAACGAUAACUCAAACAUUUUAGGAGGAUUUGAAUAUUUUUUACAACCAUUCAUGAUGAUAGGUUUGAUUAAAACAGUUUAUUGGUUAGAACAAUAUCUCGCAGUUUUGAAAACUGGUACAUACUCUGACGAGCUAAUACAAAAUAUAUUUGUACUAUUGAACUCGAUUUUUAAUCCAGGAACUUUAAACGAAGAUUCCAGAUCAUUCCAUAAUGCAGUAUUAAGAUUAAAUGCAGUCCCCCUAUUGAAAGUGUUACGUAAAUUCCGUGUUCAAACGCAAUCCAAUUAUAAUGUUUAUUCUUCUGCAAAUGGUGGUUAUCCCGCCUUAGAGUCAUUGAUCAGGAAAUUGGUAUCAGUUCUUAAUAUAUCACCAAUUUAUAAUACUGAUCCCAGAAUCGUUAGUUCAGAAAAUAUGUAUUCUCAACAAAAACCAUUAGGCUAUGGGAAACUGUUAAUAUUGGAUGAAAAUCCAAUUAAUAAAAUCAUGACAAAUCAAAUAAAUUCAUUUUGGAAUCUUCAUAGCAGCACUUAUUAUAAUUUGGAUUAUCUAUCUGAAUUAAUUAAUCUCAUAUCACCUGAAAAAUUCUUUACAGAUGUGUUACAAACAUUAAUUUAUAAAUCAAAAACGUAUGGAGUCCCGGUAGCAAGAAAUAAGAUGUCAACAAAGGAAUCAGAGCACGUUUUAGAUUAUUGUUUCUAUUUCUUAGUAUUACACGAUGUAGAGACACAAAUAGAGGCUGUACGACUAAGUCAAUUAAUGGCUGAAGAAAAUCAACAAGUAGAUGGCAGACCUUUGAAGAAAGAAACUGUUGCUAAGAAGGAGACGAUUAUACCCAAGGCUGAAACUACACAAGAUGAUGAUUUCGAUAUGUUGUUUGGUGAGAAUGAUACAAGUACACACGAUCCUGAAGAAGAUUUACAAAUUAUAACAAUUGAACAUGCAGUCAAUGAGUUUAAUGAUAUUGCAACUUUGAAAAAUGACUCCUUUGCAAUUUUGAUACAUGAAAUGAAAGUCUCUCGUGAAAGGGCUUUCAAAGAGGGAGCUGUCUCAAGAGAAGAAUAUGAAAAAGUUUGUAAAUAUCAUAAGAAAUACCUCUCGAUGCUAAAAACGUGUGUGUUCUGA